GUCCAUCAGAUUGAAGAGCUACGAGGACUAAUCAAGUCUUUCACCGCAAAUAACCAACGAAUUGUGUUCUUUAUACCUCCUUGGAUAGUCGACAUGAUCCAGUAUGUACUUUAUAGCAUGUACAAUAACCUUUUGAUGGGUCCUCUGAAAGAAAAAUAAAUUGAUUUCAUUGAGUAAACAAUGUAAAAGCAGCGUUAAAAGGAGCACGGCCUAGAACUAUCCGAUAACUAGCCCCCAGUUUUUGGCCGACUUUCAUCUAUUACAUAUUUACAUGAAUUUCUACAUCUCUAAUGGUUCCUUGCCUUGUCUAUCACAUCUCGCGAACAUUGUGCGACUUACGACCCUGCGCGUAUCUUGUCCGGAUGCUUUCAAUAUCAAUUCUCAAUUCUUGGAGCAAUCAUAGCUACCCUCGCUUUACAUAAUUCACCAACUCUAUAAGCAGUCUACUCUCUCACAGCCACAGAUUGAUCAUCUUUUGCGCAUCGACGUCAUCUCGAACCGGCCGAAUAUCCGAGUUCUAACUUCUCGAUUCAUUGCGAUUGAAAGAUACUUGAAUACAUGGUAAACUCACUGACUGCUCGGUAGUCGGGGUUCACAAAGUAAUAAGAAGUGGUGAUUAAGGCGAACUAGGCAUUCAACGAUCAAUGUACUGUGGUUCUGUGAGACAUUGCACAGCAAACGGAAAGAUCUCAGAAGAGUUUCACACAGAUGAUGUCUUCGAAUCAACCACACGCGAAUUUCCAGGCGCAGCAUGCGCCGGACUACCAAAAUGCGAAUCAAUCCCAUCAAAGUUUGGCACAAAAUACCCCGCCACUUGAGCUAUCUGGAGCGCUCAACCUCGGUGAUUUCGAAUUUUCUUAUGGAUUUGGAGAGAGUGCACUAACACCAGGGGAGGUCAAGUUGAAUAAUACUUCAGAUCCAUUCAAUGUCACAAGUUCCAACGAACAUCGAGAUUCCAUAUCAUCUAUACAUUCGAUGCCUCGAAAGGGCUAUGGUAGCAUAUCUGGACCAGCGGCGCGACAUGGUAGCCUUAGUGGAGGGUCGGAAGAAGCAAGUCCCACAAGCAACCGAAUAACGGGAGUUUCUCGCCAAGGCGAUACAACUUUUGGUGAUGAUCUCAACAUGAAUACGGGAGACGCUCAAGAUGGCAGUGAAGAAAAAAGAAAGGACAAAAUCGAUUCAGCACCUGCAUGGACGGAGCUUAAAACAAAAGCAGGAAAGGAGCGAAAGCGAUUGCCACUGGCUUGUACCGCAUGUCGAAGGAAAAAGAUACGUUGCUCGGGAGAGAAGCCCGCGUGCGUAAAUUGCACCAGAUCGAAAAUCCCUUGUGUAUAUAAAGUUACAACAAAAAAGGCAGCUCCACGGACGGACUAUAUGGGAAUGCUUGACAAGAGACUAAAACGAAUGGAGUCGCGCAUUACAAACAUUGUGCCAAAGGAAGAGCAAAGUGGAACUCCUGCAGUCGUGAGAGCUAAUGUUAAACCUCCAAUCCCUGGAACAAUACCAUCCAAAACUGCUGCUGGAAAAAAGCGCCCCGCGGAAGAAGCAUUCGGAGCAGAAUUAGAUGCAUGGUCGAAGUCUGCCUCCAAGCCUUUAAAGGAAAAUGGGAAAUUGGUUUCGAAAUCCAAGUCGCUGCUAGCACAGGAAGAAGCAGAAAGCAAAUUGCUAAAAGAAGGCGCAGAAAAGUUGCCUUCACGGGAGCUUCAGGAGCACCUCGUUGAGGUUUUCUUCGAGAAGGUUUAUGGUCAGACGUAUCAUUUAUUGCAUAAGCCAAGCUUCAUGAUGAAAUUAAAGUCAGUGUUGGCACCAAUAAUCACAAUUCUAAUACUAACGAAGCUUAUAGGUCCGAAACACUUCCUCCUGUCCUAGUAUUAGCUGUGUGUGCUUGCGCUGCUCGGUUUUCCGAUCAUGUUGAAUUGACUAAUGGACAACCUUUCUUGAAAGGAGAAGAGUGGGCAUCUGAAGCUCGUGAUAUUGUUUUGAAACGAUAUGAUUGGCCAAAUAUCACAAUUCUGACAUGCUUGUUAAUUCUUGGCUUCCAUGAGUUUGGCACUUGUCACGGUGGUAGGAGUUGGUCACUGGCAGGGCAAGCAAUCCGUAUGGCAUAUGCUUUGCAAUUACAUCAAGAUCUCGAUUACGACCCUCACAAGCCAAAGGUUGAUGAGAGCGGCAAUUCGGUGAAACUAAGCUUUGUCGACAGGGAAAUCCGACGGCGAACCAUGUGGGCAUGCUUUCUUAUGGACCGUUUUGAAUCUUCAGGAACUGGCAGGCCAACUUUUAUCAAAGAAGAAACUCUUGAGAUCCAGUUACCCGUGAAAGAGCACAUGUUUCUGCUCGACAUCCCAGGACCAACGGAAAGUCUUCGUGGGGAUAUAGCACGUCCCAGCACGCCUAGCGGUCCACAACAAUCUGAUCCCAAACAAAACCUGGGAGUAGCGGCAUACGUGAUUCGAUCAAUUUCAUUGUAUUCUAAUGUUAUCACGUACUUCAACCAAGGUGCUAGCGACAAAGAUCCAUAUCCCAUGUGGCAACCAGAAUCGAAAUAUUUUAGUCUAAUCAAACAAUUGAAAGACUUUGAAGAAGCUAUGCCACAGGACAUGGUGUAUAAUAACGAGAAUUUUCGUGCACAUGAAUCCGAAGGGCUAGUAAAUCAGUUCAUAUUUCUCUACAUCGUCAUUCAACAAACCACUCUGUUCCUCAAUCACUUUGCGACACCUUUGGAACCUAGUGGACCUCUGUCUAACGCCCCUAAAGAAUUUGUUACCAGAAUGCGCACAAACGCAAUGGAAGCAGCUGAUCGUAUCGCUCAACUUAUAAAUGAUGGAAAAUCUCAUCCCAUUACUGCCCCUUUUAUUGGUUAUUGUGCCUUCUCGGCUAGUACCACUCUAGUAUUUGGAGCUUUUUCGGGAAAUCCUGCCUUGGAAGAGUCUUGUAAGCGAAAUCUUACAAUUACUCUGAAAUAUUUAGGAAUGAUGAAGAAGUAUUGGGGCAUGUUUCAUUGGAUGUCCGAAACUCUCAGAAAACACUAUCAAAUGUGUGCUGAUAGACAUACUGCUGGAUCGAAUGGGACAUCAAGUUCAACAUUUCCCCAGUACGGCGACUGGUUUGAUCAAUUUCCACAUGGUGUAUCACAGUCUGACUUUGAAGACCCUGCUGCCGCUAUCAAAAAGGAGAAAGGGGAUGAUGCUGUUCUUGAACAAAAAUCCGACUUGAAGACUGUAGCAAAUUACGUCAAAGAUCUCCCUUCUCCGGGUCUAAAACAACAACAAAAUUCAAAAGUAACAAGACAAAAGCCCAAACGAAACCAAUCUUCAUCACAACCUUCCCAAACCCCACAGAUGGAUCCAAUACAAGUGAUGGCUCCCAAUAUGCAAGGUGCACAUCUGGGAAUGCAAGUGUCUACUCCUUCAUCCUCACACCCACAAAUUCCACCUCAGCAAGCAGGUCAAAGUUCUUAUAAUCAAAAUGUCAUGUCGCCUACACAGUUUUUGAGUCAUCACGAACUGCUCAUGCCGUCACAGCAGUCACAUGAUAUGGUCCAACAACUCGAUAGUCAACCAGGGUUUGAUAAUUUCGGCGGCAUGGAUCAUCCGGUUAUGAACAACAAUGGCAUGCAUGGCAGUAUGAAUGUCAGCGGCAUGAAUGCCAGCAUGAGCCUCGGUAGCAAACCAGGCCUGGGUCACAAUGGAGAUGGAUCGAUGAUGAAUUGGUCUGAUUUUGGCAUUGGCGGAAUGGGAAAUGUAUACGAUAUGAUGAACAUUGAAAAUGGAGUUUCUAAUGCAUGGUAUUCCCCGUUCAAUAUGGAUCCUCCUGACAUGGUCAUGGAUGUGGGAAUGAAUGGUGAUGAUACGUUUGGGAGUAAUGCGUACGGGAGAGAUUUCGAAAUGAGAACUGAUGAACAGAGUAUGAUAGGAAUGGGUAUGGGUGGUGUAAAUCGGAGCGGAGGUAUGGGUGGGCAUUGACAGGAUAUGAAACUAUCUGUCGUGCUUGAGGGACGUGGGUAGGAUGGAAGAAAGGUACAUAGUCUUAUGUUGGGAGUUGAGUUAAAUUGGGUCGGUAUAGUGGAUUCGGUUUUGUAUAGAUGUGUAUUGGUAUGGGAACAAAAUAUGAUUGGGCGGUUGAUUGGUUUUUCAGGAUCGAAGGGUGUUCUCUUGGUGGUUAGUUGGGGCAAAUGAAUGGUUAUGGUUUUAGUCGAAAAGGGAAAAGGGCAUCCUUACAGGUUGCAAGGAAAGGGAGUUAAAUGGAUGAAACAGACCGGCAUUUUUGGCUUCGAAAACUCAUUGAUAUGGUUUGCUUCCAAGGGGAGCAAGGUGUUGGAUGAAGUUGCGUUGUAGAUAAUAGUCAGACGACACCAGGUCAGAUGGCCGUUUGGAUUGGAACACUGAUAUGGAGCUUUGCAUGCGAUUUAAUGGAAUAUGGGAUAUAAAAUAUACAGAAAUUGGGAAAUAUGGUAUGGUAUGUGGUAUAUGCAAAACAUACGGGAAUGGCUCUGCAAGGAAAGAUUUGGGGCGGGAGGUUUUGAAGAUAUUGGUAUGUGUACAUGCAGAUUGUUACUAGAUAUUUAGGUAAAUUUGUGCCUGGGGGAGGUAGGGAAUGUGGGAUGAGUGGGGAUGAGGAUAAGAUGAAGAUAAGAAUGAGAAUUGGGUGUUUUUAGAAUAUAUG